AUGCUCAAAAAUUUUGGCUUUAGCGAUUCGUCUCGGAAGAACACCGUUGCCAGUCGACCACCUUCAUCCAACCGUUCAACCUUACUUAGUCACAGAACGUCCAUCUUCAGUACUCUCUCCAGAGCCUCCACAGCCGCCACUGAAGACGACAUAAGUGUUUCUUCUUACAAGCAUCCUCGGGACUAUUCACAACAUCGUUCUUCCAUGUCUGUCCACUCCAGUGAUUCAAUAAGAUCAGCACCCCUGAGAACGAACACCUCUCUCUCGGCCCUGUCAAACGAUGUCUAUGCCUAUAGGUCGUCUUCCAUUUCGGACCCAAACUCCCCGGCUUUGUCGCAUCCUAACCUGUCAAGGAGCAACACUUCAGACACUGUGAUGGGUAGUUCGUCAUUGAUACCACUUUCCCCUCCUCACACUCCAGGGGUAGUUGAUGUGAAUCAGUUCCCGACAUACCCACCAUCAAAUGCCGAGAAGCAAGCCGCCAGAAAUGCUAUGAACCAGCAUGAGGCCACAAUUAACGUCGUCUACGCCAGUGAUGUUACUCACGACUUUGAGCGUAGCAGGUUAUCGAGAACCAAAAAGGAAUAUGUAGUCCUCACCAAUCAACAUCUACUGCGGUUUAAAAACCAACAGAAAGCUAAUCAGUCCCUGGACUUGUUUGCGUCCAACCAAUCCCGUAGCAUCCCUGUCUCACCACCGUCCAAAAUCUUUACCAGCAAGGAUCAUUUUAUGCUGCGAGUGGACAACAUCAUUGCAAUUCACGCUGUUGGUGGAGCUCCCUACACUUUCCGCAUAGACUACGUAGCUGAUGAAGAAGCAAGACAGGUAUCAUCCAUUAACUUUACGGUGGUGUCCUCCAGCGAUCGUUUAAAAUGGAUGGACCGACUUCGCUCUCUCACUCGUGUCUACCUGCCCCGAACCCAUUUUGUUUCAAGACAAGACCGACUUCGUGGUACGCAUCGCCUUUCCAGACAUAAGGACAUUCCCGACAAUAACGACGAAAUAGUGAUGCAUAAGGCAAUCUUUAGAUAUAAGCGACUGAAGAGUGAUAAUUCGGGACAGUACAAGGAAUUAUUCGCUACCAUCAAUGUUGCAUUGGGAAAGUUCAGUAUCUAUAUCUUACCAAAUGAACAAUCGGACGAAGAUCAUAUCAACACUGUUGGCCGUGAUAGGUAUGGCUUUUUGGCUUUGCAGUCGAUGACUUUGGAUGGGAAUGACGAUACACUGCGCCUCAAGUUUCGCCAAGUCCAAGCUGACUCCAAAAUUGUGGAAUUGGCCACCAGUCACUGCGAAGAACUUCUACAAGAUAUUCGUAGAGCUAUCCAUUCUCUGGUCCCUCUCUACCCCACGCCUCCAUACCAACUGAUUGCAAAUGACAGUAUCCAAAACGUACGCAUGUUGCCUAUGACCGACAUUAGCAAAAUCGAUGAUUUUGGAUUCAAUCGCCUUUUAGAAGCUUAUUGCGCCGCAUUCAAUUUAAACAAAGCUAGAUUCAAUUACGUGGUGGAUUCUACAGCCGAUACAGAAGAUGGAUUGAGCUUGGAACUUCACCCUGCCAACGAGAUAGGCGAAUCUACUCCGUUGUAUACCCGAUAUGAGCUCUUAGCCUUUAUGAGAUCUCUACGACAUAAUACUACCUUCCGCAAAAUAUCCUUUGCCAAUGUCGAUCUAAGCGAAAUCAACUCUUGGUCCGGAAAGAAAGAUGAUGGCUGGACCGUCAGCAUUGAAGACGGUCAACAUGUUGAAAACGUUUUGGCAAGUGAACUUUAUACCCUUAUUCUCCACAAUAAGAAACUCCGGGGUCUGGAUCUAUCCGAUUGUAAUAUCGGAGGAUCCAAGCACACGCAUUCUCCCAUUUCCGUCAUUGGUACAGUUUUGCAGUCCAAGCAAACAGGCUUGAACAGCCUUCACCUCAAGAACAAUACCCUCUCUGCCAAUGAUGUGGAUGCUCUCGCCCGAGGAAUUCUAGUGGCAAGAAAGGCAAUUCGAGAGCUUGUAGUGAGUGGCUGUGGUUUGGAUGCCAUGCAAAUUGAUACAAUUCUGCAAGCCGUGUAUAUGCGCUCUCCUGGCCACAUGAAAUAUUUGGACAUAUCCUCCAAUACCAGCAACAUCAGUGUCGCGCAAGUUGACGGCAUCUUCCGCCGUUGCAAUCGUCUCGACCAUAUCAGACUCCGAAAUUGUGGCUACCUUCCAGACCCAAUGACAUUAGAUCUAACUAAGCUGGAAACUCUAGAUCUCGGCUUAACACCACUUUCGGAUGAACAUGUGCUCACUUUGUGUCAAUGGAUUAUAACGCCAUCUUUCGCUAACAUCAAAUCGCUCCACUUGGACGGAUGUGGCUUACAUGCUGGCCAUGUUCGGGAUAUCUUGAUCGCCAUUGCCCGGUCCAAGAACAUGGCCAUCCAUGUUGACUUUUCGCAGAACCCAAUUUUCAGACAUACCAAUCAUUUGCCUAGACUUUGGUAUGCCAUCAUGCAGAGUUACACACCCCUUAGCAUGGGUUUCCGUGACCUUGAAUGGGAUGAAAACUCUCUGCAAGAGUUCUUGGAUAGUAUGAUGGACAACGAGACGCUUGUUAAAUUGGAUCUGUCAGGUAUGCGUGUCCUUCCGUCCUCCAGACAAAGUGGAGCCGUGGGUCCGGAUACCAUCAAGAAACUUGCCACCCUGUUUGAACGUAACAAGAAGUUACAAGAACUUCACUUGUCCGGCGGAGAAGACGAGAAUGGCACCAGAAUUGGUCUUGGAAAAGCCAUGUCUUCUGCACUCUCUGCACUUGCCUAUAACACUGUGCUGAAGAAGUUGGUCUUGCGUGGAGUUCGAUUUGGCGAUGUUGGCAUUACAGCUCUGGCCGACGUUAUCAAGGUCAACCAAACCAUUACCUAUCUUGACAUUGAAGACAAUAGCGUUACAAUUGACGGCUAUCGUAUGCUGAAUGAGGCACUUAUGACCAACAAUAUCCUGAUGACCCUUCCUAGACCUCGUAUCGAUCUUCGCAAUCAAAUAGCGCAAUUGAAGGAAGCCAUCAGAGAACUGACGUUGGCUGAAAAUGAAACUCGUUAUAUCAUUGCCAACUCUGGUGGCUCAGAUACUAGAAGAGCAAGACUGCAACUCCAAGUACAAGUGCGAAGUCAAGCCGAGUCCGCCAUGGAAAGAAUCACUUCUGAAGUGGAUAAGGUGAUGGCGGCCAUUGACAGAAACAAAAAACUUUGGGAACGCGUGCAGGCACAAGUUCGACUCCAAGCCCAGCAACCUUAUGUACCUCGAAACGACUAUGCUGACCAUAUGAUGAAUGACUUGACCGAUACCAUCAACAUGUUCGGUAUCAACCCUCCGGUUCUCAAUCAAGAGCAGCGUACUCCACCUUCCGACGUCUAUGCUUCUGUGCCUUGGACCUCUACUGGGUUCUCGGAUGUAGACUACAUUACCAUGCAUCCGCGCUCUGCGUCCAGCCCUGGUACGCCGUCAGAGCAUAGUUCUGUUGGCAGUCAGUUUGUGCCUUACAACCAACCUUAUAACAAACCCGACAGUGUAAUGUAA